AUGGAUGCAAAAAUCCUUGAAACUCACAAGGAGAACAUUUUGCCACUCCCAAAUGGCAGACCCGCACUGAAACUAGGACUCUCCUUGAAGGAAAUCCCUACAAAAGUGUCUCCACAGAAGAAACGAGAGGAGUUUGAGGAUCUCCUCCGCUCAGACGAGUCAGACGACCCUCUACAGGACUACGUUGACUAUAUAUCAUGGAUUCAGAACGCUUAUAUCCUGGGAAAUACCCUUGAGAGCGGUCUUCUAAGUGUUUUGGAGAGAUGUACCCUGGCGUUUAGAGACACUUCCUACUACAAAAAUGACGCCAGAUACCUUAAAGUGUGGCUACACUAUGCCGAGUUUUCCGAGCUGCCUCGUGACAUAUUUGUCUACUUGGCCAGAAAGUGCAUAGGUCUGCAGCUCGCUCUAUAUUAUGAGGAGUUCGCCAAAUACUUGGAGCUCAACAACCAAAUAGCAGAUGCUAGAGAAGUGUAUGAGGUUGGCAUUGAGCGUGAAGCACGUCCGCUCCCUCGUCUAAUGCGCUCGUUUCUGCACUUCAAGGAGCGGUCAAAACGCAACUCCCUCAUUGGCGACUCAAACAUACGGUCCCAGGUUCUCAAACAAGGUCCAUCAGCUGCCUCCAUAAUCCCAACUCCGGCCAGAAAGAAGCAAAAGCUCAGUGUUCAUACAGAUGAGCAUCAGCUUGGAUUCAAGGACCGUAUUUUCCAGGACAAUAGCAGUCCGGAUCUUGCACUGAUCACAGAAAAAGCUCGCGAGAACCGAGUGCCCAUCACUCCAUGGAGCAGUGCCAAGGUUGAGCAGCAAGCUUCUUCUGAACCUAGUAGGGCUGCUAAGUUCGAGGUGUUUAGAGAUUCAAAUGUCGAUAACAAGGGCUCUGAAACUGGGUUCGAAGUAACUCAAAUUAACGGCGAAUACUUCACUAUGAUGAAGCAGACAGGCAGGCCGACUGAGCGUCUUUGCGCAAACCUAGCCCUUUUCUACCCAGCGGAGGGCCAAGAAUUGUGUCUUUCUGAGAGGCUUGCGAAAGCAGCGACCGCUCAAAAGAAUUCGUCCAAAACUCAAAAAACUCCUGUUGUUGUCAAUGAUUCAACGAAUCGCUCUCAAAAACACCACCAUAAAGCUUCCCAAUUUGCAUCUUCCACUCAACAGGAUCCCUUCACCGAACACAACUAUACCUUCACAAUUCCCUUGCGAGACGAAGACACAGUACAUCGUCCGAAGUCUCCAACAAUUACAAUGGUGCUGCGCUCUGCGACCAACGAGGUACUCCAAAUGUUCAAUGAUGCAGCGCGGAACGUGCAACUGGAGGACGAACUGUUCAAGACGUUCGAAGAAUCAACAGACUACGAGGGGUUUGUCACAGAAACCUUAGACACAAGCCGUGCGCAUAAUAGAUCGGCUCCCCAGCAUUCAGAUACUCCCAGCUCUCCGUUUAUGGAGCGGCCCCUCUAA